UUAUGAUCUGAUAACAAAAGGAAUAAUGGCAACCGCAAGUCAAGUAACGCAGCAGAAUAGUUGUUGUCUUUUUCGUCUGCAAAUGCUGAUUAUAGACGGCGGACUACUAGUUCUUAGGAAUAUUUUCAAUCAAAAACUGCAAAAUGUCCCUCUUGGCGCAUUUUUGAAGAAUGAAAGACACACAAUUACAAACUUGAGAUCACGCGGAAUAAUUACGCAGGUGCAAUAUGAUCUACUGUUUCCAACAGGUGGCAGCGGUCCAACUACAACAGACAUAGACAUCACGUUAAUCAUAUGUCUCCUAAGGAACAUCAAGUUAUUCGGGCUGAACAAGAACUUUCAAUGGAAUUCAAUUCCUGCACAAGGUGAUACUUCAGUUGAGGCUGAUGUUUCUCGUCUGAAAAUGUACAGGAACGAGCUCAGUCACAUAUCUUCAACUAGUGGUAUAACGUUGUCUGAGUUUACAACAAAGUGGACGGAGAUCGAACAGGUUCUUUUGAGGUUGAACACGGCGGUGUCUCCUGUACCAGACCUACAGAAAAUGAUUGAUGACUUUAAAGUAAAUCCACUUGAUCCACAGGCGGAGAUAAGGGUUCAGAAGGCCAUAGACAGUUGGCAAACGUUGGAAAAGGGGGUAGAAGCUGAAUUAAAUGUGAUAAAAGAUAAAAUCAAGGAUACAGAACAGUCUUUUAAAAUGCAAAAUGUAACCAUAAAAAGGCAUGCACAAAGUAUUGAUGAGUUAAACAAGAAGACAAGAAGACAUGAUGAGCAAAUAGAGGAAUUAAAGGAAGAAACUAGAAAAUGUGUCACAGCAGAGACAGAAGCUAUGAGACAGUCUCAAUAUGAAGAGUCGAAAAAAA